UAAUUGAACACUUCCUAUACAGAAUUACUGUUUAGUCCCCUACAAAUAUACAAUAGCACGUUUAAUUCAGGUUGAGUUCCCAGCGGACACAUCAAGUCAUCAUUCAUCAACAGCUUCUCGCAGAUCUUUUAACCCAACACAAAUCCGCUUCUUUAGAAAUUCCUGGAAGAAUGGAUUCCAACAGGGGUCAGAAUGGAAUUCAACUCCUGCUAGCUGCAGAACAGGAAGCUCAGCACAUUGUCAAUGCUGCUAGGAAUUCAAAAAUGGCUAGAUUGAAACAAGCCAAGGAAGAGGCUGAAAAGGAUAUUGCUGAAUUCCGUGCCCAUAUGGAAGCUGAGUUCCAGAGGAAGGUUGCAGAGAGUAGCGGGGACUCUGGUGCUAAUGUGAAGCGGCUUGAGCAAGAAACGGAGGCAAAGAUUCAUCACCUCGAGAUAGAGGCGGCAAGAAUAUCUCAUGAUGUGGUACAUAUGCUUCUGAAGCAUGUGACUACAGUGAAGAACUAGGACCUUGCUAGCCUAAGACAGCAAACGCUUUUAAACGCUAUUUUUCUGCAUGUACCAUUUUGAUUUGAAUUGGUGUGGUGGCCUGGUGAGAGUGCAUGUAUUACAGUUUUCUCUAUUAAUAUUUAUAAUUUGUAUUGUUUGAUUAUGUUCCUUUAAGAAAUAAAUUAGCCCUAACAUUUAUCCA